AUGAUACCGUCAAGCCUUUUCUCGAUAGCCCAGGAUGCACCUGUAUUCGCCAGGAUGCACCUUCACAAAAAUAAAGAUGAUGAUGAGUUAAUAAAUGCAGCUCCAAAAAUUGAUGUCAGCUUCUUCCCCAUGCCCAAUAGCCUUCUCCACCGUCCUGAUGAUGAUGAUAAUGAUGAUUUGCCGCCGAAACAGGCGGCGGUUAUGGUGGUUAAGAAUACAGAAAUCCACACUUAUUUGGUGUUCGACCACAAACCCAUUGGCUCUUCGAGUGGUAUGGUGGUUUACAGAGCGGUUUGGCAGUUAACCACCACGAAAUUGGUGUUGAACCGAUCUGUUGCUCUAAAGGUAGCUGAUAAUCCAGACUCCAUAGCCAAGUUGAGGGGAGAAGUGACAAGAAGCUUGGGUGUUAAAGGCCAACAUAGAAAUCUGUUGCGAUUCAAGACAUGUUUCAUGGACGAACAAUCCGGGAAAUUCUGCGUCGUCAUGCCUCUCACUCAUGGCUCCUUCCGAACCAUAAUGACCCACAAAAACCACUGGUUUUCGCAAGGCGGCUUUCCUAAGCGUCACGUCCUCGUUAUUCUCAGAUCGCUUCUCCGUACCCUCACUUUUCUUCACACGCAGCACAUCUUUCACGGCGAUAUCAGCGCCGCUCACAUUUACCUCUGCAACUCUUCCCACCCUCUCUAUUACCACUGCUCCCAUAUAGCCUUGGGUUUCGCAGCCACCAUUUAUGAGGUAGCUGCAAAAUGGGUGGCGGCACCAGAAAUCUAUUAUGCCAAUCAACCCUACUCUGAAAAGGCUGACAUUUGGCUAGUGGGAAUUACUGCUCUCGAGUUGGCUUACGGUGGUGACCUCCUCCUCAAACUUAAAAACCGAAACGCCUUGGAGGCAAUGAUCAAGGAGAUACAUGACAAUAAGAAGCUUCCCACUAAUAUUAAUAUUUAUCACCAGAUGAAAAAGACUAGUAUUCAUACAAUACUAAAGAAGGAAGUGGGAGAAGAUGAACUGAUGAACAAGUUGAAGUUUUACAUCAAAAAAUGGGUGCCAUUUCGGUCGUCCUUGCCUGGGAUUGCCGGAACCUUUGCUGAGAUUGUGGUGCAAUGUUUAGAUUGGGAUCCUAAAAACAGGCCAACUGCUCAUAUGCUUCUCUACCACCCUUGCUUCAAUGGCUGGCCCUACGCCAGUGAGUCUGAUGUUUAUAAUUUUGUGAUGAGCAAUAAGCCAAUAACUAACAACAAAACAUGA